UUAGCUGUAGUCGGUUAUGAAUAAUUACAAAGUAACGGUUAAUUGCAUGGUGAAAUAAGCUAUUUACUUAUUGUUUUGAUUGAAUAUAACUUUGUUGAAGUUAUCUUAACUUGCUUAGAGCGACUAUUUGGAACUCAACCGAAGAACAAGCAGGGCUGGGUGUGAGCAUGCUCAGUAGAAGUCACCAACGGUUAGUCUCGUGCUCAAGACCACAGUGGUGCCUGUCGGACUGUGCUGACGCAUUUGCUGAAAAGUUAAUGAUUUCAUCGCUUGUCGAAUAAUAAGAAGUGCUUGUGACAACUGCCUUGAGGGCUCUUCACAGCUGCUUUGUCAGUGCGGGCUGGAGUACACUGGAGGACCAUGGGAAGCUAUAAACUAAGAAUCAUCAAAAAUGAAGAGGACAUACUCAAAGUGUCACUGGAUGGAAAACCAGAAACGAUUGAAGAGCUGAAGAUAAAAAUUAAAGAUAAAUGCAAGCUGCAGGAUGACUUUAAUCUUAUGUAUGAAGACCCUGACUUUGGUUAUUCCCUCUGCAACCUUAAUGACAUAGAAGACUUGCCAGCUACAAAAGCAACUGUGAAGGUCAUUCCAUUUGUGACACUGACACUGGUACCUGCUUCCACCUCCACCAUUUCUGAUGUCUCAAAUGUCUCAGAUGAUACAGAGAUUCUGUCAACAUACAGCUCAUCGUCAUCAGCAAGACAAGAGCAAUGGCCAGAGUUUUUCGACAUGCCAAACUUCUCAGUUGACGUGGAAUUCAGAUUGAGACAGGCUAAUCUUCUGUUUUUAAAAGACCAAACUUACCUGAAUGUACCAAGACACAUGAAGCAUGGUAUUUUGGAGAAGCUUGCUGAAGCAAUCUACAAAUUUGAUGCUUAUCCAAAUGAAGAUAGAUGCCAUUCUGUAGCAUUGGCGCUCAUAAGAAAACAUCCCUGCCUGACGGAACCAGGCUCGCCAGAUGGGUGUUCUGGCUGGAAGAAUAGCUUGACAUACAAAAUGGGGAACUAUCGCACUAAACUGAGAAAAGCUGGGUGUGCAGAGAUUGCUAUAAAUCGGGGGAAAAAAGGUGCCCCGGAAAUGGCAUCAAAAGGCCUCAAAAGACCAAAAAGGUUUGAGGUCAAUUACUUACCAGACCUCCCUGAGGGGCAGAAUGAAGAUGGACUAGAGGCUGAAAGAAAGCUCCUGGUUGAAGAAAUGAAAAAGCGGAAUCCCAGUGGAACUGUCAUUGCAUCUAAGAUGGACCAGACCUUCCCACUGCUGGAGACGGGAGAUUGUGGAGGCUGAACUUCCAGUGAAAA